AUUAGAGUUGGAGUCCGAGGUGUGCUGUGCAUCCUCCGUAUGCAGGUAAUCGCCCGCCCAAGAAGGUUUCUGAGCGGAAAGGAAUAGGAAAGUCCCGACGAGAAGUGCACUCUAUCUUUUUAUAUAGGGACUAGGGAGAGAGGCUGGCUCGGUAGCUCAGAGACAUCCUCCAGCUGAUUUUCUCGCCGCGCCGUGUUCAAUACGGCUACGAAAAUAGUAGGGCUGGCAAACCGGUGGCCGGCCGGCAGCGCGGCGGCCGAGGAGAUGGGGAGCCUCGACGGCGGCCACUCGCUGCAGCAGGGCCGCCACCACGGCUACGCCCACUCCCACUCCCACGUCGGCGCGGGUCCCGACAGCAGCAACAACAACAACGACGAGGACGACGCGUCGCCCCCGCCGCCUGCCGGGGCGGGAGGAGGUCCUCGCCGGCCGCGCGGGAGGCCCCCGGGGUCCAAGAACAAGCCGAAGCCGCCCGUGGUGGUGACGCGGGAGAGCCCCAACGCGAUGCGCUCCCACGUGCUGGAGAUCGCCAGCGGCGCCGACAUCGUCGACGCCAUCGCGGGCUUCUCCCGCCGCCGCCAGCGCGGCGUCUCCGUCCUCAGCGGCACGGGCGCGGUCACCAACGUCACGCUGCGGGAGCCCGCGGGGGCAGGCGGGGCAGCGGCCGUCGCGCUGCGCGGCCGCUUCGAGAUACUGUCCAUGUCCGGGGCUUUCCUCCCGGCGCCGGCGCCGCCGGGGGCCACGGGGCUCACCGUGUACCUGGCGGGGGGGCAGGGGCAGGUGGUGGGCGGGAGCGUCAUGGGGGAGCUCAUCGCUUCGGGCCCCGUCAUGGUGAUCGCCGCCACGUUCGGCAACGCCACCUACGAGAGGCUGCCGCUGGACCAGGCAGACGCCGAGGAGGGCGCCGUGCUGUCCGGCUCGUCCGAGGGCGCCACCGCGCAGCAGCUGGAGCAGCAGCAGAGCAGCGGGGGUCCCGUCGUGCCGCCGUCCAUGUACGCCGUCCCGCAGACGCCGCCGCACCCGCACGACAUGUUCGGGCAGUGGGGGCACGCGGCUGUGACGCGCCCACCGCCGACGUCGUUCUAGCUAGCGCUAGAUGCACAUGCACCAGCUGCGACCUGCACCGGCCGCCCGCCCGCCGUAUACCCUCUCCACCUUUCUAGUUAGAUUUCCACUUCUUCACUAGCUACUACUAUAGCUACUACUCUAGUUGUUACGUUAGCUCUACCAUGGCAUGCAUGUGUGAUCGUUUUCCCAUUUCUUCUAGCUCUCUUCCAUCUGGAGCGUGUGGAAUCAAUGUACAAUUCCUAUUUGCGAAUACCGGAAUCCAUCAAUGUUUACUUAAUUGCCUGACAAUCUAUAUGCAGUUAGCAUUGCAUUAACGAGGUAAGCGAAUCAGUUUCACAAGUUAAAUCUUCAAACUUUUCAUCAAAA